AGACAAGAGAGACAAGUCUUCCUCCUCUUCCUCCUCCUCCUCUUCUUCCUCCUCCUCCUCAGGUGCUGAGCAUGGGGAGCUUGAAGGAGUUUUGAAGGAUGAGCUUCAACUCUAUGAAGGAUAUUACUAGUACCUCUCGUUACCGGCGCUGCUGUGAUGCCCGGUGCCGGGCUGCACAUCAUGACGUCCGCCCUGAAGAACUACAUCAACCAAACUGUUGCUGUCACUACUUCUGAUGGGAGAGUGAUUGUGGGAACACUGAAGGGUUUUGACCAGACCAUGAAUUUGAUUUUGGAUGAAAGCCGUGAACGAGUGUUCAGCUUUUCAGAGGGAGUAGAACAAGUGGUGCUAGGGGUAUACAUUGUAAGAGGCGAUAUUGUUGCAGUCAUUGGAGAAACUGAUGAAGAGACAGAUUCUGCACUUGAUUUGGGGACUAUUGGAGCAGAACCUCUGAACUCUGUAGCAUACUGAGGAAAAACUACAUAUAGUCGACAUCUGUAAAUAUUUGUACAGAUACAUUAUUCUGAGGAUGAUGUGCAGAAGUUUUAUGAAUGUAUAAUUGUGGAUUUUGACUCCAUAUUGAUUCAUUGUAAUAUGAUAUGUAAAUUAAAAUAUUUUUACAUUUUCUUG